AGUAUUUCUCCUCAUUUCAAAUCCCUGUCGUGGCAGCCCGGCCAGAGCACUUUUCUCCCCCCUCUACACCGAGGGGUAAAAAAACCAAGAUCGUGAGCUUAGUGCACGUCCUAAUACCGAAAGGAGGACUUUAGGAGGAGGAAACAUUAGUUUGGAGGCACGCUGCGGAGGUAUCGGCUCACUGUGUUCACUCGUGUCUCUGCACUACACUGGAUACGCGAACCGCCCGGACGCUUUAACUUCUCUGGAUCCGGAUCGCCCUCAAACCCCGCCAAACAUUCACAAGAACUUGAAGCUGAACAGGAGUGUGUGUUAAACCGCUGAAGUCAGCAGUGCGGUUUGCCAAACACUACUCAAAUACGUCCAUGGAUCGCGAUCAACAUCUCUGUGCUGGAAGAUCGGAGGGUUGGCUGCCUUUCUCUCGGCUGUGAAGCGCCUUCAUAAUUUAACCAUUCAUUCAGCAACGCACGGAUCCUUGACACCACGGUGGCGGCCUACAGUUCCAGAGAUCCCAGGCCUGGGGAACUCAUUAACCAGAGACAACACACAACAGGACACUGACCUCAUCAUAUAUUGUCACAUUAUCGGUGUGCGUCUGGGUCGGAGAGUGAGGCGGGCUUGGUUGCGGGCGUCGCUCCGCAGAGCCGUCCGAUGACUAUCUGACUCAUCACAACCCGCGAAUGACAGGCGUGCAUUCGAGGGUGGGGCCCGCCUCAGUCUCACAUGAUUGGUCGCUGGAUGGAAAUAAGGUGAAUGGAACACAUGCCCAAGGAGCAGGACACAAACCAAUCAGAGGGAGAAGAGAAACGAUUUCUUGAGGAUUGUCGAGGAGAGGUGUGCUGUUACUUUUCUAAGGUGGCUCGAUGGCCCGAAAAGGAAGAGAAAGAACAGCCAGUGUUCGAUGAAGAGCAUGUCGGGGUAUAUCCCCAGCUACCUGGAGAAGGAUGAGCCGUGUGUGGUGUGUGGGGACAAAGCAACCGGCUAUCACUACCGCUGUAUCACCUGUGAAGGUUGCAAGGGAUUUUUCAGGCGCACAAUCCAGAAGAACCUCCACCCAUCUUACUCCUGUAAAUACGAUGGCUGCUGCAUCAUCGACAAGAUCACCCGGAACCAAUGCCAGCUGUGUCGCUUUAAGAAAUGCAUCGACGUGGGGAUGGCAAUGGAUCUGGUUCUGGACGAUUCCAAACGGGUUGCGAAGAGACGUCUCAUUGAGGAGAACCGUGAAAAGAGGAAGAAGGAGGAGAUAGUGAAGUCUUUGCAGAAUCGGCCAGAACCCAGCAGCUCAGAGUGGGAUCUGAUUCGCAUGGUGACAGAAGCUCACCGUCAUACCAACGCACAGGGCUCUCACUGGAAACAGAAGCGCAAGUUCCUGCCGGAGGACAUUGGACAAUCCCCAGUUGUCCCCACAUCAGACGGGGACAAAGUAGAUCUGGAAGCCUUCAGUGAGUUCACCAAGAUCAUCACACCGGCCAUCACACGCGUCGUCGACUUUGCCAAAAAACUGUCCAUGUUUUCGGAGCUGCCUUGUGAGGAUCAGAUCAUUUUGCUGAAGGGCUGCUGUAUGGAGAUCAUGUCCUUGCGUGCUGCGGUCCGUUAUGACCCUGAAAGCGAGACCCUGACACUCAGCGGAGAGAUGGCCGUCAAGCGAGAGCAGCUGAAAAACGGAGGCCUGGGCGUGGUGUCUGAUGCCAUCUUUGACCUGGGCAAGAGUCUGGCGCAGUUCAACCUGGACGACUCUGAGGUGGCCCUGUUACAGGCCGUACUGCUCAUGAGCUCAGAUCGCACAGGCCUGACAUGCGUGGAGAAGAUCGAGAAUUGUCAGGAAAUGUUCCUCCUGGCGUUCGAACACUACAUCAACUAUCGCAAGCACAACAUUCCCCAUUUCUGGCCCAAGCUGCUGAUGAAGGUGACGGACCUGCGCAUGAUCGGAGCCUGCCACGCCAGUCGCUUCCUUCACAUGAAGGUGGAAUGCCCCACCGAACUUUUCCCUCCGCUUUUCCUGGAGGUCUUUGAGGAUCAGGAGGUGUGAGGUUGCCGAUGAGCUGCGGCAGGAGAAUCAGGAACUUUUUUUCGAAACCGUGUUUCUCACCCCUUCUCACGGCCCUCCACGCACCAAACUCACCAGCAGCAGCUGCAUAGGUGGGGGUCCUCACCGAAACGGCUUUCAUACGGGGUUUCAGCCGACAGCUUUUUUUUACAGAAUGCUCAGCCCUCCCCGUCUGUGCGCUUGGCCCUUCUGUCUGUGUAUAAUGUCUUAUAUCAACACCGUAGACACACAACAUACAGAUAUAUACACACACUGCGUCACUCACUCUCAAGUCAAGCUUACAGAUGCAGUACAGACUAAAAACCUCCAGAGAGGUUAUAUACAUUACACAUACAGACACUGCACUGCUGUCAUGACUUCUCUGUAAUUCAGAGCUUGGAGGAGAACGUCAGCGCCAUCUGUUUAGACUGGACAGCGAUGGCUUCGCUGGCAUACGCCGCGUCGCAGCUGACAUAGAUACCUUUCACCAGUUUGUGAAGUGGUCAGUUAAUUUCAGUCGUCUCGAGAGGUUACAGUACAGUAUAUACCCACCGCAGAUACUUCGAGAUCCGCCCUAACGCAGAGCUUUCUGAACGGACCUCAUUCUUCUCUUGCUUGUUCAAUUGAGCCUGUGUGUUGAGCGGGAGGAGAUUUCUGAACCAAAUCAGGUGCUAUAUUUAACUCAAGCUUCUCGAAAUGAUUUGGGAUCUUUAGAGAACACAUCCUCCCUCCGGCUUUUCAGCGCACGCUCGGGGGUGCCACUCAAGAAUGCCGUGUGCGCCACUUUGUGCUCCGUCAUGCUGGCCUUUCAGAAUGAUAAAUGAGCUCUUCUGUCUCUCACGAAAGUCACGCAGAGAGAGACAGAGGAGGGAUAGGUUUCACCCCCGAGAUUUGCUGACACGCAUCUGAACGGCACUGAUUUGUAUGUUUUACAGGUGUUGGGAGGGAGUCAGUAUUAAAAUCCUCUCGGACUUAGCACACACACAAUUAUACUCAAACACACCUCAAAACUCGAAUGCCUCAUUUUUACUGUAUGCACUAUGGUGCUGUUGUUCCGGACCCCCAUGCGGGGCUGUGGCGGUCCGGUCCAGCCCCUCAGUGCGCCGCUCAGAUGCUACUGUUGCCGGGUCUGUGUGAAUACACAUACACACUCCUAACGGGCCCUGGUGGACUGGCUGUUGUUGUUAUUCUGUUGUUUGUUUGUUUUUUGUUUUACCUCAAACGUGGGCACACCUCCAGCUGGCUGUGGAUCCGAGACUGCCUCUGUGCUGACAGGUUCUACCUCACCUCUGAACACAGGGCAGCUACACACCCUCAGCCUCCUCACAAACGAACACACACACACAGCCUCCUCACACACUGACAGCCAUAAAACAACACAAGAGGAGGAAAAAAACACUCUCUCGGUUGUCACACAGUUGUAAUACCACUGAAGACAGGAGGGCCCGCCAUUCCUUUUCGUAGCCUGUCAGACUCCAGGUUUCUUGACUCUGGGCUGAGAGAAAAAAAUUCUGUAUUUCAGUUCUUUGCGUGUGGGACCACGUGUCACUUUGAAAAUUCCAUCAAAACGGGAGCUCAUUUCAGCUGACAGGGAACCUCGACCGUACAAGCCGCUUACAUGAAGAGGAGCUGCGGAGAGAGUUCGAACGUGUGAGAAGAUGGACCCAAGGUGGCCAGGCCUAAGCCGAAUGGGUCUAUCGGCAUUUUUUCUAUUUCAUUAUUUCAGCAUCAAACUAAAAUCAACUGCAAAUCGAGCGAGGCUGGUUUCUUCACGGUGCCAGAGAGAUAAAAAAGGAGGAGGGGCAGGGAGGAUGGGGCAACUAAGAGCACUUAGCUUUGAAAGAGGCUUCAUGGACAAUUCCCGAGGCACCUCCAAGGGGUUUUUGCACUAAGGCAUGAUGGGAAACACCCCCUCCCCUCACUUCCUCAGCGGCUGAUUGGUGUGUAAGGCGUGCACUCUUUCCAAAGGACACUCCCCCACCCAUUCUGUCAAACAUAGGCCACACCUCCAUGUGCUCUUGGGCACACCCUCAAAAGUAUUAAGUCAACUAGUUUUUCUCUCAGCAACAAAUGGCGGAAUGGUCUUACACACACACACACCCUUUGUCCUCACCACUUUGAAGCCAGCUGUGGCUUUAGAUGAUCUCCAAACAGAAACGGACCUUUCCCUUGUGUGACAAGGGAGCAGCCGUAGCCAUGCAAGGAAUGGCAGCACCGCAUGAAUGUGAACGAGGAGCAGAAUGAAAGAGGAUCCUCGCUCUAUAAUGGGAGUUUGCAAAGCAAAGGAGACAGCCAAACGUGGUCUGCUGAUGACAUCACAAUGAAUGGUGGUAAAACCAGGAUAACCCAGGACAGUUGCGCGUCCACCUGAACCUCACACAGUUCAUCGCCAAGAGGGAAGCAGCAUUCGGAAAAUGGCGGCAUGUCGCGGAGGCUCUGAUUGGCUGAUAGCGGCGGCUCGAUGCUGCUUUACCUUUUGAAUUUUAUUCAAGAGAAAGGGUUAAAAAAGAUAAUACAAAUAAUUACAAACCCAAAAAACAAAUAAAAAAGAUGACUCCAGAACAAAGUUAAAAUGGAGCUGAUUAAGCUGUUGGUUUUGUUCACUUUUCUUUUUAUGUUUUUAACUAAAAUAAUGUGUUUGUUCGUUUUGAUGCUUAACUGCUCUAUGUAAGAGAGAAAACAACAGCCGUAGUCACUUUUUUGACCAUGCGUGCAGUGUAAACUAGACGAAAUGUCACCUCUUUUUCACCUCACUAUAGUUUGUAUUGAUAAGUCAACUGCUCUGUUUGUCUGUGUAUCUGUCCUUUGUCCGUCUUUUUAUCAAGAGGAAUUUACAACAAGAAAACAGGAAUAUUUUCUUUUUUAUAUUUUGUUUUCUUUUUUUAUGAAAGAAGACUAGAAAAUGAGAAUACAAAAAAAGGAAAAAAAACUGAAACACAAUCUACUCAUACCUCACACAACACAAUGCUUAAAUGAGCUUGAGAAGAGUUGUUCUCUGUAUGGCACUUGUGUCUGAGUGCAUCCAAUGUGUCGAACCGUACGACAGGGUGCGCGCGCUUGUUGCGCGUUAGCAUUCAUGAGAUCGCAGAAACACGCAGCUUCCUCUUCAGGCUUCAAUGCGAGAGCCCACUUACGUUUGUUUUAAACAUGGCUUAUUGAUUCAGACAGGAAUCGGCACGAAGGCUGAAGGUGAAGUUGUGUGUAUCUGUGACAGCAGAGGGUGCUUCAUGGUAUUGAAUGUAGCUGACAGAACCGGGCCGGAACCGAGCCCGGGAACCAGAACCUCACUUCAGGUCACCAGCAGAGUGGACAGUACUGUCAAAAUGAUGUUACACAAACAACUUACUAAGCAUAUAUUGCCCACCUUCGAGGUGCAAUACUUUGUUCAGUUUUGUUCUGUUGAUUUGCUUUUCUUUUUUGUACUUAUACAAUGUUUUGGCCAUAACCAAGGAUGUAAAUACAAAACGGAGAUAUUGAAAGAUUAAAUCACUAUAUGUUAAUUAUAUGCAACUUCACAUACUGGGUGUUGAGGGCCAGAACCAAGCCACGCCGGCUGAUCCCGAUAGUUUGUAAAGUGAAAAGAAAACCGCUUACGUAGCUCUGUAAAUGCUUCAAACAUGUGUACGUGUGCUUUUAUGUGCACUCGCGAGCUCGCAUGUAGGAUACUGAUAUGAAGAAGUGCCCCAUGAAAUUAACAAUCCGACCCCGUGCCUCAGCUUCCCUCCCUCCGCCCUGCGCUUAUACCAUGUUAAUGCUAUCCGCUCUUAUCCAACAGGGUCAUGAUGGUUGAUCUGUAGAUUAGAUAUGUACAAAAAGAGGCAUUCAGAGAAUGAGGAAGAGCUUUAUACCCCCAAAACAAUGUCAUGUACCCAGAAGCACUUAUAUAGCUGGCCGACCCACUGCCAAUUCGAUUUCUCAGGCUCCUAGAGCUCCACGCGUCCAUACACAUUUGCACAUGCGCUUAACAGAAAUGAGGAGAACAGUAGAUACUGGUUUUGUUUUUUUAUUUGCUUUGGUGGUGGUUUUGUUUUGUUUCAUACCCUUUAAACAAAUGUUCAUUUUUGUGUUUUCUUUUUUCUUCAAAGAGAAGAAAAAAAUGCCCAGUAGCAAGAAUGUCUAUGCAAUGCUCUACCCUCUGAUAGCAUGCUGGCCGUUCCAUUAAGCCCCGGUAAAUGGGCGUGUCUAACACUCCCACCUCAAAGCCCCACCCACUGCAACUUCAUGAGCCUCAGUGAGUUUGUCUGUUCAUCAGUCAGUCGAUCUCAUAGACAUGGGAAGGAACACCGAACCUGCUGCCCGAGAUCUGCUCUGUUAAACGGAGCCAGAGACCUCACAAACACAGGCGGCAGAUAGACUCUCCGCUGAUCUUCGAUUAUGUCAUCCGCUGUUGUUUUGAAUGAAUGUGUUUGUGUAAAACGCUCUCUGGUUUGGUGGAUUUACCUAUUAGAAAGCAAAAAAGUUAACAAUGUGGCCCACUUCGGACAGCUUUUGCUGGAUUUAAAAACCGAUUCAAGCUGGUGAAUGAAACAUCUCCAAUGAGCUGAAGUGAUCAAUAAAUGCUCUUACUGUUUUUUUAUUAACCAGUUAUAGACACUUAUUUAGCUUACAGUACUGGUGCUUGAAUCUACCAAUGUUAAAGCUGAACUGUUUAAUUUUGUUAGAAUAUAUCAUGCAAUUAUAUUAGGUGUAUUAGUAUGCAGAGAAAGGUUCGCUUUAUUUUUUUAAGUGCGAGUAUUGAACUAGUUUGAAAAAUGAACAAAACAAUGGUAUAAGAUUUGGCCGGGACUAUCUAGCCAACCAAUUGCAAGUAGAGAAAUUGUUUGGGAGGAAUGAUAGAAUCAAAAUAUUUUCAAUUGUAUUUGCUGAUGCUAUUAACACAGAAAUUACACUCUUUAGCUUUAACAUACUUAACAUAAGUCAUCCGGAGUGCAUGCAGUUAAGCAACUGGAUUUUAACAAGUGCACCACAUUCACAAAAUCGAGGUGCACAAACCCAACUGUCGAGUUUAACUGGCCGCUCUCGACACUGUGAUGUCACAGCCCUCAAUUUCGGUGUACUACUGCCAAGUUGAAUUUAAGUGUCUUAAAAUGAUUCGAUUUGUGUUCUUGAACAUGUUGAAGUGUGUUGAAAAUGCAUCCAGCCAUGAGAGUGUGCGCAGAGAGCGGGGAUGGUGUCCAAAACAUCUGUUUCAAAUGAGACUGGAAAGGAGAGCUAUUGAAGGAUUCUCUCAGGUAUCAACAAAAUAAAAAGAUGAAAAAAUAAAUAUAACAAACUUUUUUAAUAAAUGUUGAAAAAUUCCAGCCACACCCUUUUGUUAGCUCAUCAUUCUUUGCUCUCUGAGUUUAUGAUGUGCUGUUUGUGUCCUGUGGUCUUUUUCCAUUUAUUGUUCAUCAUAUUUGUCUCUCACCGCACUACACACAUUUCUCCUGCACUCCAUCUUGGGGCGGGUUCAAAUGAGCUUGUAACAGGCUGUCAUAUAAAGUUUCAGGAGUGAAACGCAUCUCUGCUCAUGUCAACAUUAAAGCCGUGAGCCUGUAUUUCUGCAAAACAGUUCUUGAUACGAGGCCAAAGGUCAAAUUAAUUGUGUUUUAUAUGAAAAACUGUCCGACAGAUUCAGACAACACUGUUUUAAAAUGUGAACAACCUGUCACAUGCAAUACUAUCAUCUGUUUCCUUAUCUUAAGGUAAAAGGUGAAAUGUUCAUAUUCAUGGAAAGGAACUACUUAAAGACCUCAUGAAUUCGCUUGACGAUUGUUGUCUUCUGUUAUAUGUUGACAUUUUUGCAUCACAGACAAAUUUUUGGUCUACAGGGUAUACGAUAAAGUAUUUGUAGCUCAAGUUAUCAACAUGUCUGGUUUGAUUUCACUAAAGAGAAAGGAGGGAUUGUGUGAAUUUUGUCAAUAGGAGUAGGCCUAUGUUAGCGUACAGCUAAUAUUAAAGCUAAUAGACACAAAAAGCCAUAAAAUUACAUUUUGUUUUCAUGGGGUCUUUAAUCGUCCAUUGGCCAUCAAAAUAUCCAUCAUUUGGACUUUGUGUGCAUGUUUUUGUGCUGUGAAUAUGUGUCAGCCGGUGGUUGUGAGCGUGUUUGUGCAUCUGUUUUGUAGCGAUUCUGUGGCUGAAUUUGCUGAGUCUUUUGUUGUUGGACCUUCGAGCGUGCAUUGAGGCUCUUUUGAUGCAGUAAAGAAACAAAUACUAUUUAAAACUGAGAGUAUUUCUUUGAGGAAUGCACACUGAGGGUGUAACUGUACAUGUUGGUGAAGGACAGCAGAGUUCACGAUUGGAAUUUAGUUCCAACUUCGAACAGAAUCACUAAUGAUUUUCCAGUCGCUAAGGGAAAAUUUGUUUACUUUAUCACAUGAACAGCUCAGUCAUUAGUCAAUGCGGUUGCUGAUCCCUUGUGCUUUUUGUAUUGAGUGAAGUUAGCGUACUUAAAGGUACAGUCAUAAUUUGCAUGUGGGCUCCAGAGACAAUAUCAUCUGAGGUGAAUAAACGCUAAUUGAAAGUAAUUCCUCCCCAUUAAGAAAGAGAAACAGUCUAAUGCAGUUCAUUUGUUUACUUGGAAAGGAGAUGACUUUAUUUUGGCAGCGUAACCUGAAAACGGUUCUCGGCUAGUUUGGAAAUGGCAUUUAAUUGGUGCUAGUGGUCCUUAAUAUAAAAUCUGAGAUACAAGCUAUCAACAACAAAUUUCCUGCUAACGCUUUGCACCGGAGUGUGAAGGUUUGGUUGGUGUUUGAAUGUUUUGUGUUCCGCCUGAUCAUACGGGCUGUUGGUAUUGUCUACAGAGAUAUUUUAUUUCAAACCAGGAGAGAAAAGAACCUCAUGCAUAAACAGAGAGGCAUGUGCAGAUGUGUUUAGCCAGUCACACAAGAACCUAUUUUUAUGGCCAAUAUUUGUGAUGGUAAUAUUAUGCAAAGAAAGCUACGUCUUGGAAAUUCUUAUGCAAUGUUUGUCAGGUUUUUUUAAACGGCUGCUUUCGAAUCGGCUUGCUCAGGUUUAUUUUCAGGACGUUUAUCAAACUUGGUUGUAAAAACGACCUCCGUGGAAUGAAAUGUAUCUCACAAUCCAGGUGCAAUCAAAAAGGUUCAUAUAUCAAGGUUUUUCUUUCACUUAUUUGUGUACACCUGAUUUUUAUGGAAUACAAUGCACACAUGCACGUCUUGUUUUGUUGUCAUUCUUGUCUCAGUGGUCCGUCGGUUAUUUGCCAAAUCUUUCAUGUGUUCGAUCUAUUCAGUAUUGAGUUAGGAAACAAACCAGUAUAGUUUAUAAAGUAAGUUAAAUCUUCAUAUAUCUGGGUUGUUGUUUUUUUAAUCCUAGCGAAAACAGUUCACUUUGGGUCCCCAAUAAUCUAUAGUCAAAAUGACCUUAAAUAAUAUAUUCACUGUCUACUUUUGUGCAAUAAGAUUUUUCUUAUUUUACUGUAUAAAUCUUUUGCAUACUUGGAAUGUAAAUAUUAAAAUAUUGAAUAUUAAAAAUAAAUUCAAGUCACUGUUUUGUGAUAUCGAGGCCAUUAUGUACACACAUACCUCAUAUAAAUAGUGAUUUGCGCACCUAUAAACAUAUUUGUUAGGUACAUAGAGCAAUAGCAAACGCAGUACUCAUAAUCAGGUGAUUUCAAUUUUUUCUUGGAAAUAAAUAGUCAACCAGCAGGACAAAGCUUUUAUAGAUGUUACAUCAAUGAGAAAUGUGUUUUUUCAGCGGCUAAACAGCAGUUUGUAUGUAGAGCUUAAAGUUAGUUAACUGUUAUGAUCUGAAUCCAUUUUAUCUCUUUGUCCGUUGGUCUUUUCUACAGUCUGGGACAGUCUGACUUUUCAUAAAUAGAAACAAUUUUCUUUUCAUCGGAUAGUUAAAGAUGAACACAAAGGUGCAGGCUUUCACACUCUGUAAAUAGGCUACACUUAAAUAGAAGGGAGUAUUGGCUUGAAUUGUGUGUCUUGUAGAGUUGAUUUACCAAUGACAGGUCUUGAGGCCAGUAUAGAUCAUUUUUCAAAACGUAAACAAACAGAAACAUCGUGUUUCAGUGUUUUAUACUACUCAAGUGUAAUGCAAAUUAAAACAAAGACAACUUUUUAAGUUAAUUCAAAGAAUAAAACAUUAACUAAAAACUGAAACAGGAUAUUGUACGAGUGUUGUUUACGUCUUGUAAAAUGAUGUUUCGUAUGGUUUCUUUCUAGAUCCAAUAAUAAAACAGAGGCAGAUUUCGAUACAUUAAAGGCGUUACAUAAAGUUGUAGGCUGUGCAUGUUGUAUGUGCAUGCUCUUCUGCUGUUUGUUUCUGUUUUUGGUGCUGUUUUUUGUUAUUUUAAGACGUGAUGCUUUUGUCAUCCUGCCAUUUCGCACCUUUUGAGGCCUGAUUCUAAAACCCAAAAAUUGACUGUAUAUAGGAAACAUGUGCAAAUAGAUAUUCUCUCCAUAUAUUAUCAUUAUAUACUAUAGGUAUUUACAUUCAGUGUAUGCUCUGAGGUGCAAGAAUGGAAAAAUGGAAAUAAUUCGAUUUGAAGAAUGCUAGUUUGUUAUUGAAUCUCAAUUCAGUGUUUUUGGGAAAGAUUUACUUGGUUGCUUUGUUUAACACAAAGGCCCCUUUGAAGCAAAUUUAGUGCAGUAGAAGCUGGUGGUCUCCAGAGACAAUAUCAGGUGUCCAUGUGGCAAUUCAGCGAGUGCAAAAGUAGAUCUAUCCUCCAAUCAAAUCGUUCCCCAGGGCUUGGCUUAUUGUUUAAAACGGUUCUAAGAGGCUGAUGUGAUACGGCACUUGAUUUCUAAGAAAUAACUUACCCUGCUAAAUUAAAUUUCUUUCCAAGUGCAUUUGUAUUUUGCUUUUCUGUCUGAUAUUGAGUCGGAUUAAAUGUGCCGCUGGUGUCAUGCUUCGAUUUCGUCUGUGCAUAAUGUCCGUGGAGUCUUUUCUCCAAAACAGUUUCAGAAAGGUUAUUCUUGGACAGCGAGGAAUGUACUUGUACUAAUAAAUGAAUUAUGCCAAACAAGAGGUUAUAAAAACCACAUUUAUCAACCACACAGAAAUCUGUGUAGAUAGAAAUAUUAUGCAAUAUAACACAGCUGCAGUAUAUGUGCGCUUAUGCAAUGGUUUUCAGGUUUUAAGUGAGUUGUUUGAGUGUGGGCUUGCUCGCGUUUGAUUUUAAGGCCUCAAAAGGUGCUCACUUUUUCCGCUUUUGUGGCUAACUGUACCUGUGCUUUGAUCAUGGAUCCACAUGAAUAGCUUAAAGUAUGUUUUUUAUUACAAUAAAUAAGAUUAACGUAUAAAAUGUGGUCAUUUCACCACAGUGCUUCUGGAUACAUUGAAGUUCUUUGGAAUCCCUACACGGUACUGAUGCAAACAGAAAGGUCGCCAGUUUUCUGUCUCAAUGUUCCACUACCACAGUUUCCAGAUGUUUAGCAUUUCUUUCAUGCACCUCAUAAGCAGACCAAAACGAAACCUGCAGACUUUUCAUUUUAAUCACUGAUUUUAGUUAAACAUCUGCAAAAUGGUUUUAAAUAUCAUCAGUUUUAUAUUAAACAGACCUUGGAGUACUGAUUUCUUUUUUCAGCAAAUUAUAAAACAAUAUUUUUAACACAUAUUCUGCAAAAGGCAUUUCUGCACAGUUAAGUUUUGCCUUGGGUCUACUGAUGAGGUGCCACCGCUGCUACAUCAAAACCAAAUCUCUCUCUAUUUUUUUUUACAGUUUUUUAUUUCCUCUAUAUUUAACAGAGGCGAUUCUGGCAAAAUAAUAUUGACAGGAAAACAACAGUAGCAGUCACUUUAACAAUGCGUUGAACUAUACUUAGAUUCUAGCGUCACUGUGAAAUAAAAGGCAGCUGGAAGUGCAUCAGAGUUUCAGGUCACUCAGGGGUCCUGACCAAUCAGAGGCUCAGAUCAGGGGUCAGCUGGCAGAGGAUUGGCUGCGAGCCGAAAGUGUGUUUAACCUAUGCAGAGUUAGCGCCAUGUUGUUAUUGUACAGGGCCUUAAGGUGACAUUACUUGAAGGCUUAUGGAAGCAUAAUGGAGAUAAACAUUUCAUCCUCAGAUGUACAGAGAGAUUAAAGUGUUAGCUCCAUGCUGGGAACAGAUCAAAAGAUGCUUCAAAGGAAUGCGAGAUACCGAGUUCAGUGGGGAGUAUUUGUCUCUCGCUGACUGGGCAGUUUGUGCGGAGGGAACAAUUUUUACCGUUUCAACAGCUCCGGAAACCUUCAGCUCAGUGGACCACAUUCAAAGAUGUUUAGGAUUUAUUUCCGCCUUAAUUCUGGGCCAAACAGACACGUUUAACACAUGCACUCAGAUCUCAAAACUUAAAAAAAUACACACAGCAAAACCUCUGAAUAUCUACUGUGAUCUCCUCUCGCACCAUCACGCUGACAACCCCCACCACCUGCUCACCUGUAACUGUCCAGUAGUCCUUUGGGUGGUGUGACGUCAGGUCUUUUUGUGGUGGGACGUUUUUCGACAGGUCCAGACAAUCAGCGUGUUUGUCAAUGUCAAUGUGUGAUUUUCAAGGAAGAUAUUUUUAUGGUAAUUGUCGCUGGUCUAUUUUACUAUAUAUUUAUGUAAUAAAUAUGUGACUCAAUUUA